GGCCGCGCUGGUCACACCGAACUCAACCGAGCAGGACCCCGCAGCGGGAGCCCCCCGGGCUUUGGGGAUCACACGGGGUAUCCCCGCCUGCCCGCGCACCCAAAGAGGGGCGUUUUGGGGGGACCAAGGGCAAAUCCCGCAUUGUGGAAGGCGGAAAGCCGCGGGGACAGGUGGCUGGGCUGGCCCGGGGCAGGGACACAGCAUCCCCAUGCCAAGGGGCUGGGGCGGAGGGGACCCGCUCCGCUUUUGGGGCGAUGCCGUGAGCCAGUGGACCACUGCGCACAUCCCCCUUUUCCAUACCUCCUGGCCGGCUCCUCCCCUCGCCACCUCCUUCCCCCGACAUCUGGGCACAUUCCAACCCCCCUUUUUUAAUGCCCACAAACCCCUAUUUCUGUCCCAAGCCCCUAACUCUGCCCCCAAGCCCUUCCUUUCUCCGCCACGCCCCCGUUUCUCCCCCGUGCCCGGGCAGGGCUCUGGCCGUACCUGCGGCCCGGGAUCCCUCGGGGGGCAGCGCCGACCCUUCCUCCCCUUCCACCCCGGCCCGGGGGAGGCGGCCCGAGGGUCCCGGUGCCGGGGGGAAGGAGGAGGAGGAGGAGGAAGGAGCGGCGGACAUUUCGUGGCGGCUCCGCCCGGCGGGGCGGGACGGAGCGGGGCGGCCAUGGCGGAGCGGGGCCGAGGACAGAGUCCGAGCGCCAUGGAGGACCUGCUGGAUGUGGAGAACAAGCGGAUGGCCGACAGCCUGGCCAGCAAGGUCACCAGGCUGAAAUCCAGGUUCUCCGUACACGACAAGCUCCUGAAUUGCCCCUUCCCUCCCUUGUGUCUGCAGCUGGCUCUGGAUAUCGACAAGGAUGCUGAGGAACAGAACCGCUACCUGGAUGGCAUGGACUCGGAUUUCCUCAGUGUGACGGGGCUGCUGACGGGCAGCGUGAAGCGCUUCUCCACCAUGGCGCGCUCCGGGCGGGACAACCGCCGGCUGCUCUGCGCCGUGUCCGUGGCACUCAUCCUCAUCUUCUUCAUCCUCUACUACCUGGUAUCCAGGGCGGGCACCUGAGCCGGGCUGGGCAGGUGUCACAGGGCCCCGAGCCGGGCAGGUGCCACAGGCCGGACCCGCGGCACCCACAGGCCUGUCCACACCUUCCUGGGAGGAGCCUCCAGCCAGACCUCCUCCUUCCAAGUGACUCUUCCUCCCACCAGCUCCUCGUGUCGCUCCGGCUGGGCCCAGACAGCUCUUCCAAAGCAAGAACAUUUGUCUCCAGAGGGAUCCCCGUGUCUAACAGGGGUUUGGGGCUGUGACCUCCUGCCUCGGGCUGUUCUCCAGGGCCACUUCCCCGUCACCUCCCUCACCGAGCCCGGGAACUGCUGAGGUGGGGCUCACAAAUCCAGGGACUUGUUCAUACUCUGAGGUUUUGUAAGCCAGCUGAACUUCGGGAGCUGUAGGGUUUAGGAUGCUGAUUUACAGGGUUUGGGAGUGCCAGUGUGUGAUUUAACAUUCCCUGUGGCUGCUCUCAGUUUCCCCGGGACUUGCAGAACUUAUCCUUGGUGUCCCUGGGCUGAAAGGAAACCCGUGCUGCUUUGGGAUGGAAUUAGUGAUGGAUCUGAGCCUGGAUACUCUCAGAUCCUCUGCAGAGGAGCAGAACUUGGAUUAAGUCCUGGCUUGGCCCUCUUUAUCUUCCUUGGUCCAGUUAAUUUUGGUUGUUGUGGAGCACUCUGGGGAGAUGCUGUGCCAAUGAAGCAGAGGUUGAGGUGAGGUGGAAUUCCCCCACAGUGGGAGUCCAGGAGGGAUUUGCUGAUUUGUUUUAUGAAUUUAGAAGGUACCAGAGGAACCCCUGCCUUGCCUUGGGGGGUGUCUCUGCUUAUUUGCCUCUCUCUCCCUGUAACAACCAGGGUCCAGCCGUUCCUCCUCCUCUGAUUUAGUCUCUCUUUUGCCUCAUCAUGGGUGGCUGGGUGUUCCCUUUGCCUUCUCUCUCUUCCCAUCGGGAAUUCCUUUGUCCUGGAGCUAAGGCACCUGCGAAAGGAAUGUUGUCCCUUGUACCAAACUGCUCACAAAACAUACCUUGGCUGGAUUAGGUGUGUUCUUUUCCACAUUUGGGAAAAAUCCUGCAGGGAAAGCAAGGAGAAAGGAGGUGGCAGGGGACUUCCUUUGGUUCUUCCUGCUUCCCUGGUGUGUGGCAGCUCCAGGCUCCUUCCCUUUGGGAAGAAUCGAUGGCCUCUAAUUCCUGGAGCAGGCAACUCCUGACAAAAGGCUGCUGGAGCAGCCGGGGGGGGAGGGGUUGCUUUGCCUUUCGUGCUGUAAAUAAAGCUGAUUUUAGACCUUGUAGUC